ACACACUAACCCAUCACCAACCCCGAGAAGAGGACGGGCAGCAGCAGAGCGUGAUGGGGUCGCGUGCGGGACGCUUGUUACGGCGCUUCAAUGUGGAGAGUCGCGCGCACCGAGAAAUUGGCAAGAGUAAACCGGAGCCCGCGCCGCGGCACGAGACCUACCAACCAGGUCCAGUGGUCAGUGAGGAGAUCCAUAAGAAGGACAAUCCACUGCUGGUCAGACUUGCACAGGUUUACGUCGAGUCUAAAGAUCCUGUACAAGAGGCUACAGAAAUUCCACAGCUGCAGAAAGUAGCACGCCGGCCUCUAAAGCGUGGGCUUCCGGGAGGCGGUCUCGGAAUUAGUGAGCUGACUGAUGUUCCAGUGGGGAAGCUGUCUAUUGUAGAGGCACUAACGGCUUUAAAUGAUCACAAACGCUCUCCUCGAACGUGGACAGCAGAGAAGAUAGCCCAGGAAUACUCACUGCAGGUCAAAGAUGCAGUGGCUCUGAAAGAUUUCUUUAUUCCCUUUGAGGUGAAGAUCAUUCCCCCAAAAUCCAAGGAAACAAAACAGAUUAAGGACUCUUAAUGCUGAACCUGACCUUUGAUUCAGUCAGAGUCAAUGGUCAGAAACUGUAAAUUAAAGUUUUGUUUUUCUGACAUUUAGAGAAUGAUUGAACAGCCUGCAUUUAGUGGUAUUAAUAGUUUUUUUGUUAUUAAUAUUAUUAUUGUAAUUGUACAUGCUUUUGUUCAUGAUGUGCAGUAAAUGCAGUUGUGUGCUUCUGA